AUGAACAAAAACGGAACAGCUAAAAUGAAUGAUAAUCAAAUUAGAGCAGAAGGUAGAAGGUUAUUUAAACGCUUCUAUAACAUUCCUGAUGGUGUUAAUCCUAAAACUCGUAGAAGCUAUUUAAAUGAAGCAAUAGAUGCAUAUGAAGGGUUUGACAUUUCAUCAGAAAGUGAGAGAUUAGCGAGAAUGUUAAAUGUUAAUAUUGAUUUCUAUUAUUGUGAUCCUCAACCAGAAGACGUGGACAUAAAUAAGGUAGACUUUCCAUUAGUGGAAUCAAUAAUGAUAGAUCCAGAAUUUGAAACAGUAAAUAUUUUAUUAACACAGAGUCCAUGUGGAAAACUUCACGCUGACAGAAUAACAGACGGUGAAGCACUCACCGGCUAUAAAGUUUGUCCAUAUUGUAAAGAAGAAGUUUAUUCUAUCCGUGAUGAUCCAGAAAGGAAAAACCAAAGAAGAUUUUUAAAGCAUUGUGAGAAAUGUAAAGAAAAUAAUGGAAGAUUAAUUCAAGACGUUCAGUUGCAAAAGACACAGCAACCAUAUGCACCACAUAUUACGAAACAGAAGAUAUAUCAGUGGUUAUUAGCUCACAAUUUGCAGAAAUAUUAUAAACCGACAAGAUAUUAUAUUACUUUUGACUUCGAAACAUUAGAGACUAAAGAAGAAUUACAACUUUCUGAGUGUGCAACUUUGAACGCUUACUUAAAACCAUUCAUGGUAUCAUCAACGGUUAAAUUAAACGAUAAAACAUAUACGAGGAAUUUUUGCUUAACUUCGAGUGAUUCUUUUAUUUCUGAUUGGAUUGAGUUUUUAUUUUCAACCUGUUCAUUAGUUGCUAAAUCGAAUAUGAGUCAAUACGAUGAAUUAUUGAAGUCGCAAACGGCGGGGACUUUGUCUCAUACAUUAAAUGAAAAACAGAAGGAAGCAUUUAAAGAACUUCUAGAUGAGGAAUUCAAUAAAGUGAAUAUCAUAGGUUUUAAUUCGGGAAAGUUUGAUUUAAAUUUAAUUCUUCGUGAUUUAAACACUGCAAAAUGGAAAAUAAAAUCAAUGCUGGGUUCAUCUUCACAAUUUAAGCAAAUCAUUGUAAAGAAAGUAAACUGUCCAUAUGAAUUAAGAUUUAUUGACAUCAGAAAUUAUAUAGCGGGUGGGACAUUAGACCAAUUCACUCAAGAUUUCGGAAACAAUAAAUCACGUGUUAAAUCCUUUUUCCCUUAUCAAUUCAUCACGUGGGAAAAUUACGAAGAAGAAUUAUAUAAAGUGGAACCAUUCACGAAAGAUUCAUUUUAUUCAGCAUUAA